AUGACACAAAAAGAGAAGUCGCAAGUGCAAAUUGAGGAAGAUGUGAUUCGAAAAGUGGGAACAUUGUUCGAAAACGUUUUGAGUCGCCAACCACCACAAAAUAUCAUCGAAUUAUGGAAGGAAAAUGUGGAAAUACGUAAAAUUAUGACAGAAGUCGCCGAGUUGCAGAAUAAAAUUGGAGACACGAACAAAAGAUUGGCGCAGCAGACGCGUUCUCCAGAGGCUAUCAAAGCUUUUUUGACAUGGGCCGAUCAAAUCGGAAUCGCUCGAAACAACGUCGACAUCGUUGAGAGCAAAGACCACAUUGCUGUGAAAGUGCCGAGGCAUGCAAUGCUCAGCUUGGAUUUAGCGAAGAAAUCGUCGAUUAUGAAAAAGGCUUUCGAGCAGGACCCAUUAAUUGGCGGAAUGGGAAAUGUAGGACUUGCUCUUUUCUUGGCUACUCAAUGGAUCAAUAAAGAGCAAUCUAAGUGGCACGCUUACAUUUCAGUGCUUCCCAACACCUUCACAACUCCUAUAUUCUAUACAGAAGAGCAGCUGCUGCAAUUGAAGCCUUCGCCAAUUUUCGAGGAAACUUUGAUGUUUUAUAGAACAAUUUGUCGCCAAUUCGCCUAUUUUUUGAUUUCAAUCUCGAAGAAUCGCGCGUUCGAGAAUUUGCAAAAAACGAAAGGGGACAGUAGCAUCGCUCCGCCGCCAUUGUACAACACACCAUUCAAUGUUUCCAAUUUCACAUUAGGAUUGUACAUGUGGGCAUGUGGCGUAGUUACAACGAGAGUCAACAUGGUUCCCAGCGAAACGGAGAAAACUGAAAAAGGAGAAGUUAUCAUGACGCCAGCAUUGAUACCAGUGCUUGAUAUGGCAAAUCAUGAAACCCUUGAAAUCGAUGAUCAACCAGAGGAUUUGGUAUGUUUCUCGCCGGACGAGAACUGUGCUCUCGUCACGUGCCAUUCCGAUGUGAAUCCAGGCGACGCAGUUACAAUUUUCUACGGAAAACGAAGCCAUGGGGAACAUCUGCUGCAUAAUGGAUUCGUGCCAGCCAGCCACAACACAUUUGACAUUUAUAAGCUUAAAAUCGGAAUUCCAAAGUCUGACAAAGAUCUUGAAGCGAAGCGAAAAUUAAUUGGAGAAUUGGCGCCCGAUGUAUGCUGUACUGGAAAUGUGUUCCACUUCGUUAUAAUCAACUAUCCGAAGAAACCAUUUUCGGAAGAUAUUCAAGUAUUUGCUUCAAUUUUUGUCACGGCGAAUCCGAACAAAGAGAAUAUCAAAUCGAUUGAAAGUCGUAAAAAAGGUCUGGAAUUCAUUCGAAAUCGCCUUAUGAUUCUCGAAAAAUCGUACGAAAAUUCACCACGAGACCCGAAAACGCUAGCCCUGAUUGGAUACGCGGGCGAUAUCGCUCGACUCAAAUCAUCCGAAGCUCACAUUCUCCGAAUUGCAAGAAUACACUGCGAAAAUUUGGAGAAAUCAAUUUGA